AUGACUGACGUAAAGGACAUGAUGAUGCACAGAGUGUAUUUGAUUGUAAUCGCUUACCAUUGCCUCGUUUACUUCUCCGACUUAUUGUUUCCCAGAGUUCGCCUCAUUAUAACUUUCAUUUCAGAAAUGAAUUCAAUUUCUCGCGCUGUCACGUCACGUUUCAAUGACAUUUCCAACAAAAGGCAAAGGCUCGUAGGAGAAGGAAAGGACUCAGAUUUUGUGAAUCCAAGUUGGACCGAUCCGACAACUAGCGAUUUCAAUUGCUUUGAACCACCCGAAUUGAUUAUAUCAGAAGAGGAUGGCAUGAGGGUCCUAUAA